AUGAAGUAUGGAGCACAUGAAGUAACUGUAUUAUACAACUACAGUACACUGGGCCGUUUGCGUUCCUGCCACUUCCAGCAGCCAAAGCCACAACUUCCUCCACCUUGGUUUGCGCAGUUUACUUCCCAUACCCACAUUAUUCUUAUCACCACGAACCCUCAUUCAUUCAUUGUUCGUUGCUGUAUUUCCCCUCGCUCGACGGCGCCUGCUCCCAAGUCUCCUCAGCCUCCCCUCAAACGCCAGUAUCCGUUAUAUACCUACCUGCCAGCCUAUCGGCCUGCUACAGUUGUUGUCGCUGUGUAUCCGUCCGUGCUGCACCGCCUGCCGCAGGCUGCAUCUGCGCCUGACCCUGCGUCGGGCGCCAAACAACUCCCCUCUGCGAAUCCUUGGUUGAGUCGCCCCGAGGACCGAAUUCUCCUCGCUUCCUCCAUUGUCGGCUCCGUCGCCGACCCGGUAACGACAGAAAGAGUCUCCUCCUCGUCUCCUCCUCGGCCGAUCGCCCGCUCGCUCGUGCUCUCCUUCCCGGCAGCCGCCAACGGCAAAGGCUUCACAGGCGACCGUGGUUGGACUGCCUCGGUCACUGCCUCUGCCUCUGCUGUCUCUGCCUUUGCUUCCAUCGCCAUUCACCCACCUGGAAAGCUACCCGCGCACCCGACCAUCGAAGGCGCCGGCGUCGUCCGAGAACCCGGACUGGCUCCUCACUUCUGCGCGACUUCGGUCUUAUCCAAUACCACCACCAUACGCUGCUAG